AUGCCGAAGGCUUUCGGCUUGCAAGUCUCGCCCAGCCCGGUGUUGCGGAAUCUACUGCAGCACUACCCAAGUGGAGGUCAGUUCAUAUCGGAAGCCUUACAAAAUGCAGAAGACACGAACAGGUCCAAGCAUUUUCGUGCUCUUCUGGAUUUGCAACAGCACCCGAAAGUGAAGAUCAGACAAGACCACCGGCCAUGGCGGCAUCGCUUGCAAGGUCCUGCGUUUCUGUUCUAUGAUGAUGGCGGGUUUGCGGACAGAGAUUGGGAAAGUCUUCAAAGGAUUUAUGACAGUGAGAAGACGCAUUCACCGAGUGAAGUUGGAAAGUAUGGAAUGGGCUCGCGCUCCUUUUUCCAUAUCGGUGAUGUGAUACAGAUUGUCUCUGGUAGCUCGUAUGCCAUCUUGGAUCCUGAUGAAAGGGUAUCGGAAAAGGGUCACUUUGGCUCCCGUGUGGAUUUCGUCAAUGAAAGGUUCAAUGGCAAGCGAUUCAGUGAGAGCUACCCUGAUGAGUGCGCUCCUUUCCGCGGUCUUUUUGGGUGUACAAUGGACAGACACUUCAAAGGAACCAUUAUCCGUGUUCCCCUUCGGCUGGAGGCCUUUGCACGCGAGUCCAGCUUCAUGCCCAAGGCCUUCUCCGUACAGCGAGCUAGGAACGUCUUUCAGGACUUCGAGCAAGAGAUGGCUUGCGGCCGCAUGGCGCUUUUCCUUCCUCGCCUUGAAGAUAUCCAACUUCUCAUCCGUGAGCCAGAUGGAGUACUGCGAUGUACCGCGUCUGUACGCAUUCAAAAGGCUCGAGCAGGGCAAGUUGGCUUGGUCGACGUCAAGAAUUACUUGGCAGAAUUUCAGACCUUUGAGCAUCUCCAGGAAGCCUUGAAGACUCCUAACUCAGCUCCAAGAGUCUACGAAGAAGUGAGGUUGAAGUCCAAGGGCAAGGAAGGUGAGAAAGAGACAAGUUGGAUGCGAGUUGGCAAUUUUUUCAGCUCUUCUCUACAGGAGCUUCCAGAGGAGGUGCCUUUUGUAUGUCUUGCCAUGCCACUUGAUGGACCUGUCGAUGGCCUGGCCUUUGCGCAUUUGCCCCUUCCAUCAUUGAAGACAGGACUCCCUGUCCAUUUGCAUGCUGGCUUCGCCUUGCAAGCAAAUCGUCGGGGAAUCUGGCGAUUUGCUCCUGAUUUAGAUGGAGAACAUCAGAUUUGGGCAGAGUGGAACGAAGAGAUCCUUGAGAGCGUGGUGCCCGAAGUCUACUCAGAAGGCCUCAAGAGUCUCCAGGCAGAGCUUGAUUCGGACACAUGGUUCGGGCUUUGGCCGAACCCUGAGCUGAAGAAGCAAGAUUUCCAGGUCGUAGUGACAGGUUUGGUUCGGCUCCUCCGUGGUGAACAGAUCCUUCAAACAUCCUUGGAAGCCUGGGUGUCUCCUGAGAGCGCGCAGCUGCUGGACCUGCCAACACCUGCUUUGGAAGAAUGCCGGGACGACCUGGAAGAGCUGUGCUUGCAGGCUGGCAUGAUGAUCGUGAACCUUCCAGAUCAUGUGGCGAAGCUGCUGAAAGAUCACGAAGCCAUUCUUACGAAGGAUGCGUUUAGCGCGAUUAUAGAGGCUGUGCUACGAAGGGAUUGCCAGCACGAUCAGCGCCUGCGGAUUUUGUUGGCGCUGAUGCAGUUGGCUGACAGCUCCUUCAAUCACCGUGAAAUGACCUUGCUUGCUACCGAAUUGGUUGAUCUUCCAUGGAUCCCCGCUAUCAGUGGAGUUUGGCGUGUUUUGCGGCAAUGUGGGUUGAGGCAGCAAAUCACAUGGGAGGAUGCGCUUGAGGAGGCUCGCCACAUUGAGAACACAAGCAACCAGAAGCUGUCCAAACUCUUGUUCAAGCACCUUGAGAACUCGCAUGUGACCAUGGAAGGAAACAAACAGCGAUGCUUACUGCAGCUGCGGGCGUUGAAAUGGGUUGCUGCUCACCCAUGUCAAUCUCCUGCAUCAACCUGGAGUCCAGAGCAGAGCAGGGGCAGCACUUCGGUAGCACUGUCAGAUGCUUUCCCGGCCUCAGAUUUCCCCUUGGUGUGGGCGGUCCAGACAACCCUCCAUUCGGAUAUGCCACCACCAAGCCUGUUGCAAGCUGGGAGGUCUGCCAGGAAAGAGCCGGAUGUUCUUGUGGCCCAGCUAGAAGCAUGUGCUCGAGCAGUGCCGGAAUUAUCAGGUCAGUCAAAUGCAGGAAUUUCUGGAAAGAUGUGGUCGUUGGCUCGUAAGGUGUUCGGCUCCGCACGUGUGCGUGAAGCUGCUCCUGAUGCAUUUCGGCACAUCCGGGUGAUCUUGAGUGAGUUAUAUGAUUUGGAAGGGCAUGCGGCCCGGGGGUCAUCACAAGCCUUUCAGACCUUGCUGCCUGCCUUCGGGAUUGUGCACCCCGAAGCUCACCGGUUUGCUGCAGCAGUUGGUGUGCCAUGCCAGCCCGACAUAGCAGCUUUGGUGGAGACCAUCCCACGCUUCGGUUUGGACUUGGCCGUGUGCCUGUGCGCAGAGCUAGCUGAACAGGCGCACGCUGAGAACUUUCGAGAUCAUCUCAAAGGUUUGAGUGUGCCGACCAACAGCCAGAAGUUUCUGCCGCUUGAAAGGGUAUACAUCAACGAUGCAAGCUGGAAGGGGUCUGACGACCUUCAAACCUUGGAUGACCGCAUUUCACAUGCCCAUGGAAGGGCGCUUGGCUGCAAAUCUGUGCGAGAGAAACUGAAGCAGGAAUGUGAGGCUGGUGCAGACGACGAGGAUGGCUUCGGUCAAGAAGCAGAUUUGGUUGACCAGGUGAAGCUGAUUUUGAAGGACUAUUCAAGCAACAGUGAUGUUGUUGCGGAGUUUGUCCAGAACACGGAUGACUUCGGUGCUACAGAACUGACCUUUGAGCUGAAUAGCCAGGCUUUCAGAGAUGAGCGAGUCGUGGAUUUGCGAUGCAAAGAGUUACAAGGGCCUGCCCUUUAUAUUCUGUCCAACAAACCCUUGCGCGAUGAGGAUAUCAAGAACAUGCAGAAAGUGGGCCGAUCUACAAAGGCCUUCGACUUUGCAAGCACUGGUCGGUUUGGUGUGGGCAUGAACGUGAUGUACCGCUACACUGACUGCCCCCAGCUUUUUGCAAAUGGGCGUUUGCACUUCUUUGAUCUGACCUGGAGCUUCGUUGCCAAGAAAGGUGGGAAACGUGGCGAGAAGUUCCACAAGCAUAAGUUGGAAGAUAUGUUUCCUGAUAGUGUCCUUCCCUUCCAAUCCUACGUGGACAAAUUCCCAGUGAUUUUUCGCUUGCCUUUGAGGAAGGAGAGAUCACAGCUGGGCGAGAAGGUAGAUGUUAAGUCAGUGGAAAGAGACCUACACGAUAUUUCGUCUAACGCGUGGUCCAUGUUGCUCUUCGCUAAGUGGCUCAAGAAGUUUCGCGUUCAGACCGCCCAGGGCACCAUUUCAGAGCAUAUUGCAACCAUUGGCGAUGCAGCCCAAAACCGGAGGCAUGCGCAGUUUUUCUCUUCCUUGCCAGCCGAUGUCCACCAGCUCCAAGAUUUGACAGACAACGCAGUUUGCUUCACGAAGCGGAUCCGCAGCACGUCGUUGCACAAGGCCUCAACACCGAGGACUUCCGAGCGCAACUGGGUCGUCGCAUUUACCUUGGCCCCAUCGCAGGGAAGAUUGCGACAGCUUUGCAUUGACUACUUCAAUGCCGCUUUGGGUGGUGCGUUGUUGCCACUUGCAGGGGCUGCUGCCCCACUGGACCUUGGCGAAUCCGAGGGAAGGAUGCUUGUGCUGCAUCCAAUUCACUGUUUGUGGAAACAUGUGAUGAGCAACUGUAUUGCUGAUUUGCUGCGGGUUGCCAACUCCUUUGCGGAGUGGCAGCAGGAGCGGCAGUGGAACCUGGAGCUGCUCCAGUACCCCGCGGCCUUGAGCUUGAAAUCAGUGAUGCUGGAGUGUCGAACGAUGGUGAAGUCGAGGGAUCAAGUUGAUCCUUUCUUCCAGUUGCUCCCAUGCAAUCGAGCAACACAAGCUGAAGCAGAGUUGGCUGUUGGGGCCUUCUGUGCCGCGCUGAAGGAGGACAUUUUCCCUGUACUUUCUUGUAAAGAUUCUGAGAGAAUCACGGUGCGUUGGGUGCCAGGGCCCAGGCCAUUGCUCAGAGCACCGCAACUGUGUGACAAGCUGCAAGAUGCCCUGGCUUUCGAUGGCAUGGACAUAGUGUCAUUCCCAUCAAGUGCUUUGAAUGCCUACCAGCAGGCGCUGCAAUACCUUGGGUGGCAAGAAGAGCAACGGUUGGGUGCUGCUGAACUCUGCGGCUUUUUGGCAGAGCGGUGGGCAGCGAGGCAGCCUUCGGUACGUGCAACGGUGCAGUUGAAGCAGGUAGGGAUGGCGUCACUGUGUGAUUGCAAGUCAGUGCUUGCAUUGCUUACCUUUGCAAUGCCGAAGGGCAAUCCUUCCUUAGUGCAUCCUUGCCAGCAUCUUGAAGGCGUUCCGUUGUUGCUGACCCACGGCGGAGCAUUAUCCGCAUUCAGUGAGGAGAAUGUUCGGUUCUCCAGUGACCGCGACCUGAUUCCCAAUCACCCUGAUCUUUUUCUUCAUGCCAACGCCGGGAAGAUUUUUGCGGCGGUUGCUGGCACAGUCGAGGCACCUGGUAUCAGGCAACUUGAAUUAGAUGACCUGGUGCCAUACAAGAAGGAAGUAGAGGCCAUGGCUUUUGCAAAGCCAUUUUUCCAGGAGAGUCCCUACUUGAAGCACCUUCUGCAUUACAUGUCCCGCAAAUCGGAAACAGAAUAUUCCUUUCGUACCAUGAAGUCUUGGCGCAUUCUUCCGGUGUACAGCAUCGCGUCGCAGGCCCAGGUGGUUCCUUUGGACCUGGCAAGCCAGACAGUGGCCAUAGCAACAGAUGCUCAGGCGAAAUGCGCACCUGCACUUUUGCAAGCUGGACUUCUUUUGCUGCAGUCCGGCGUUCUGGACUGCGCGAAGCCUCUCUUAAUGUCAAAGGUGGUGAGGACUGAUAGGGAUGUGAUCAAGUUGUUGGUUGGAGGCCGAGAUCGCUUGACUAAUAUGACAGAGGAGGAUCGACAUGAAUUGCUUGUCUUCUUCUCCUCUCUUGCAGUCUCAGCAAGGGAUCAGCUAUCGUUUGCUGAUAUCAACAAGCUUCCGCUCUUCAAGCUCGCCAAUGGAGGCUUCACAUGCCUUGAUAAGACGGAUGUUGACUAUUGUUGCCUACAUCCAGAUGACGCGCAUGCUGCCGCUCUAGAACGCUUGAUGCCAUCGAGCUCAGUGUUGCUGUCCUUCCCAACUGAUCCAACGCGGCCAAUUUAUGACUUCAUGAAAGUUCAGGUGUGCAACGGAGAAGACUUCAUGGUGAGUUUCAUAAUCCCACAGUUGCCGAAGCUGUGUCGCAACAGUGACUUCACAGCCAAGCCUUACUUGGACGAGUUGUACAGCUUCGUCGUUAAAGACAGGUCCCAGAGGGUGACGGACGCUGCAAAGGACAUGGCCUUCGUGCCAAGUGAAGCUGGCACUUUGAAGACGGCAAGCUCUUUGAUUGAUCCCGAGCUGCCUGUCGCACAGCUCUUUGCAAGUUGCUUAACGGACAAUUUGCCAAUCUCCUGGCUCCAGGAUGCAGGUUUCUUGAAGCUACUUCGAGUGUUGGGGAUGAAGCGGUACAUCCCAGCACCUUUGCUGCUCCUGUGCGCUGAAGAUUUGCAUGAGCGCCGUGAUCAGACGAUCACGAAGGCUUUGAAAGAGAAGUCCUUUCACCUCGUUGAAUCCGUGGCCCAUCAGCUCGCCGAUGCCUUCUCAAAAAGCAACGUGGGUGAGAGGUCUUCGUUGGUCAAGGCUACAGAGCUGAACAUCUUGCUCACAUCUUCGAUUGCUUCAGAUUAUCUGGCCAAGGAAAUUGAAGACAGCAUGAAAUCACCAGGGCCAGCGUUGUGGGAGAGAGGCACCGUGAAGCUUCGCCCAUUCCGGCGGACAGCAUUACAUGAGUCAGUUUGGUUGCUGUGGAGCGUUUGCCCAGUGGCGGUCCACAAAAAGCCGUCGGGAGAAGAUCAGGCUCCACAACUAGAGCAUCUCAUCAAGUCCCACGCUGAAGAAAUGCACUCAGUGCUUGGAGCUUAUAUCCGGCCCACAGAUGUUCCGUUCCCUUCGCUUGCGCAGCACAUCUUGAACCUCUGCUCAAUGCCGUUUCCCAAGCAAGAAGAGCUCGCCCCAGUCCGCGGAAGCCGGUUUUGCAAAGAGGUGGAGGCAUCCUUGGCAGAGGCAAAUAGAAGAAAUCUGAAGCUUGAUGACCAGAAGUGUCUCAACGGCUUCUAUGCAGAAAGAGCGCGCUGCGUAAGAAUUAGGCAGCGAGAUGCGGCAGAGAAGCCCGAGAAAGAUUUGAUACUUCUGGCAAGCCCCAGGAGAUGCUUUUUCUUUGAAGGGACGAGCUGCAAAGUGUCUGACUUCCAGGGACACUUGCGCCAAGCCGACACCAAGCACGAAGACUUGUACAGGUGUAUGGGAGUGAAGGACAGCCCAGAUGCUCAUGCAUUUGCAGCAGUGACCCAUCGAGUGAAAGAGCAGAUUCAACACAGCGAUCAGAUCAUCGGAGAUGCUAUCGAAGUCCUGCAUACCUGUGUGGAGGGCUUCCACGCGUGUGUCCAGUCUGGAGACAAGUCAUUGGAAUGCUUGGAAAGCAUCAACUUCUAUUUGCCGUACAAGCUUCCAGGCGGACCGUUAAAUGGAAAACUGGAGAUGGAACGGGCUUCGGAGCUUGUGUGGAUGGACAUGGGCUGCUGGAGAGGCCGUUUUGGCAGCUCUGAGGUGCAAGCCCGUUGCUGCUACAUUCCUGCAAUUGAAGGAAAGGACAUCAAGGUUGAGAUGAUGAAGUCGUUAUCUUGGGCUGGCUUGCAGCCGGUUUCCGAUCUUGUUGAAGAAGCUGUUGCAAGCGAAGUGAUGCUUUCCGAUCCCUUUCCUGGCAGCAUACAGGCUGCAGUCCGAAAGCUCCUUUCGUCUCCGCUGAUGCUACCAGCAAUGGAGGCAAUCUUGCGGGGCAGUUCGCUUGGCGAGGAGGGCAUUCCGGACAUCCUGACGACAUUGGGAAAUCAUUUCAGCUCCGAGGUCAGAUCAGUGUCGAGCCAGAUUGAGACUCUGCUACGUUGGAAAGAUGGCCAACGCAAAAUUGAAGGAAGCGAACAAAAGAAGACUGCGGUCCAUUGGUCUGGCCAACUCCUGAUCAGUGAAGAUGCUUUACACCAUCCAGAUCAACUUGCGAGCGACUUGUUCGCUGGGCUCUGCCAGAUUCCCGGUCUGCUUCCCUGUUUGAGCCUUCCGGAAGUAGAAAGGCCUGUGCAAGGGCUGCUGAAGCUUGUCUCCUCCGAAGGUCCGGAGGGCAUUCCUGGGAUCCUGAAGGCAAAUGGCAUCAAGCACGAGCUGGACGUGCAAGUGUAUCUUGGCAUCGGUGACCGAUUGCCGGACUGCCUGUGUGAGAAGCUCAUGUAUGCGAUGAACGUGGCUUUUGAGGACCGCGAAUAUGUGGUGGCCAAUGUGGAGGGCAUCUUUCGCAUUGGGCGCGUUGCCAAAUGGGAGGAUGGCCUUGACAACGGCCCAUCAAUGCAGAGCAGUAGCGUCUUGAUGCGGCGCUACCGAGUCCAAGUUUCGCCGAAGGGUCGGCACCAAAUCUUGUGCCAUGUAGAUCUGUACAAGAUUUGGAGUGGAGGCUCUGAGAUUCCAGACUUCCAGAUCCUCGACGGUGAUUGGGUGGUCAGCAACCCAGGUGGUCCCGCAAGUGAUGGCAGAAGCGGAGUAGGCUGUGAUGAUGCAGCGACGUUGAAGCAGGUCAAGGGCCAACUUCGCCAGAUGGCAAAGAUGGACCCCGAUAGCUACAAGAAGUAUUUGCGCAGAUUGUUUUUGACUUGGCAUCCGGAUAAGUCCGGAAACACGCCCUUCAACAAUCUCAUUUUCCGGAUGCUGAAGAUUCAUGAAGCUUGGUAUCGAGGAGGCGGGGGCGAUGAUGGUUGGCUGGAUGAGUUUGGGAACUCUCAAGAAGGCACUUCCCAAGAAGAUCCCCCUGCGGAUUCAGAGGCUGAAGCUGCACCACAGGAGCCCAAAAGAAAGAGUGGAAAGCGCUUCCACGAGCCAUCAUCGCAGGCGUCCUGGUUCCAAGAGUUUGAACGGGACUGGCAGAGCCAACAUCAAGCUCGGCGCCCGGGCAAGCCGGCUGCGCCAGUGAAGAUCUUUUUCUGCCCUGAGCCGCAGAGGUGGACCUCGCCAAGGACGGUGAACGAAGUGGCGGCAUCAACUUGGCUUUCCCAAGCAGAGUAUGAUCUUCAGGUCAUGCAGCACCUCAAGGACGCUUCAGAUUCGAUGGGGCCCCCAUUCUCAUCGGCCACAAUCUUUCAGGCAUCUCAGGUGGUGGAGAAGGCACUGAAAUCGGCCAUGCUACACACCUGCGGUUUGGCAAAGGAAGAGUUUACUGGUCAGGAGGCCCACAAGCUGGUUCUGUUGCAUCAGAAGCUGAAGGAAGCUGGCGCUGAGACGGGUCCCCAACGGCAAGCCCAGGAAGAAUUGCCUGGGACAGCUUCUGACAUGAAGUGGCUGCAGGAUGCCUACUUGGCCAGCCGAUACCCUAAUGCAAGUGGAGGUCAGAUCCCUGCUCUUGUAUAUGACGUUGGAGAUGCUGAAAGAGCCGGCCAGCUCGCUGAGCAAGUGGUUCACUGGGCCAAAACCUUGGAAGAUUUGCCGGAGCCAAGACAGAACCGCCCUUGUUCGACAGCGGUGCCGCCGCCCAGAGUUGCCCCUAUUGCUCCCGCCCCACCUCCCGGUCCAGUCAUCUCCACACCUCCCAGAGCCCCCUCAGUGCCAAAGGCACUGAGCAACCGGGAACCUAUGACAGCUCCUCCCGCGGCUCCUCCUCUCACGGCCAACCCCAGAAAGAGGAAGUUGGGGGACACUCCAAGGAUGUUGGAGCAAAGUUAA